AAAUCCACAAAUCAUUGAUUAUAUUACAUACCCAAAUUGCAAAUUUACCGAAGGUGGAAUCAAAAGCUGCGCGCGUGAGCUUGUAAUUGCCUCAGGAGGAAGCUGAAACUUCAAACCGAAUCUCCUUCCCAUCGCAUGGGGAUCAAUUUUGUUUUGAAUUCCCAUAAGAAAAUCAUUUUGAGUUCUCGUUGACUGCGACUCAUUUCGAAGCCCCAUCUAGUUGCCAAGAAAUUUCCACUUCCACACUCUCAAUUCACUCGAUUCCACGCUUUUCAGCUUCCAAUUCGAGCUGGGGUUCUGUUAAUUUUGGGGUUUUUCUUCCUUUCCCCAUCUGGGGUUUCUCUGUUCCUUCUGAUUCUAUCAUGGAAUCUACUGAUUUCCACUUUCUUCAAGGUUUUGGAGGCUAAUUUUGAGCUGGGUAAUUUUGUUUCAUGUCUGGAGUUUGUGUGGUUGGGAAUUUGAGAAAGCGAUGUAGCAGGGAACUGAGGACGAGGACUUGACUGAGCUUUUUCUUGAAAUUUGCCCGUUUAAGAACAAGUGGUGAUUGGGAAUGGCGACCCCUGUUGAGCCUCCAAAUGGGGUUAGAUCUCAAGGAAAACAUUACUAUUCAAUGUGGCAGACAUUGUUCGAGAUUGAUACUAAAUAUGUACCUAUCAAGCCUAUUGGUCGAGGGGCAUACGGUAUUGUGUGUUCUUCUGUGAAUAGGGAAACAAAUGAGAAAGUUGCAAUAAAGAGAAUACAUAAUGCGUUUGAGAAUCGUAUCGAUGCACUCCGGACUUUGCGGGAACUGAAGCUCCUUAGGCAUCUUCGCCACGAAAACGUCAUAUGUUUGAAAGAUGUGAUGAUGCCUAUCCAUAGGAGAAGUUUCAAAGAUGUCUAUUUGGUUUAUGAACUGAUGGAUACUGAUCUGCAUCAGAUUAUUAAAUCUUCUCAAACUCUUACCAAUGACCAUUGCCAAUAUUUCCUCUUUCAGUUGCUCCGAGGCCUAAAGUAUCUGCAUUCUGCAAACAUUCUACAUCGGGACUUGAAGCCGGGGAACCUUCUUGUCAAUGCAAAUUGUGAUCUUAAGAUAUGUGAUUUUGGUUUAGCACGUACAAGCAAUGGGAAGAAUCAAUUUAUGACUGAGUAUGUCGUAACUCGCUGGUAUCGAGCCCCAGAACUGCUGCUCUGCUGUGAGAAUUACGGGACGUCAAUUGAUGUGUGGUCUGUAGGAUGCAUCUUUGCUGAGCUUCUCGGUAGGAAACCUAUCUUCCCUGGUACAGAAUGUUUGAAUCAACUCAAAUUGAUAAUUAACCUACUGGGAAGCCAGAGAGAGGAAGAUCUUGAGUUCAUAGACAAUCCAAAGGCAAGGAGGUAUAUAAAAUCCCUUCCAUACUCUCCUGGAGCUCCUCUUUCCCGUCUUUAUCCGAGCGCUCAUCCUCUCGCAAUUGAUCUGCUACAAAAGAUGCUUGUCUUUGACCCAUCAAAGAGGAUUAGUGUAACUGAGGCAUUACAGCAUCCUUAUAUGUCCCCACUGUAUGAUCCAAACAGCAAUCCUCCAGCUCAGGUGCCAAUCGAUCUUGAGAUAGAUGAGGAACUUGGAGAAGAAAUGAUACGAGAGAUGAUGUGGAAAGAAAUGCUUCAUUACCACCCCGAAGACCUGGAAGAACACGCAGAAAUGACACGUUUCCACCCCGAACCUACUACAAGUAGUGCCGCAGUGUAUUCUUAACGAUAAAUCUUGUUAUCAAUCCAGCUUAGAAGCUUUGGAUUGUGAUGAUGGUGACAAACGUCGAGUUCCUUCCUACAUCAAAUAGCUCGUUAAUCAUCUAGUAACUUCGUUCCAUUGCCCCUCCCUGCCCUCGUCGCACUGGGGAAGAAUGGUGGUCAUGUAAUAAUGAAAAAUGUUGAAACAAAGCAUGCAUUAGAGGGCUUUUUUUUUCUACUAUAAGCAUGUUUGUCUGUUUGGUAUUCCAGAAACCUUUGUUUGGCUGUUCUUGUUUGUUCUUGUAAAUAGUUUGGUUUGGAUUAUGGAACCUGUUUCUCUUUUUAAAUUAGAAUGUUUCUUAGAUCCUA